AGUGGCUGCCCGAGUGCUGCGCCGACGUAAACGUUGUACACACCGGCCGGACGACCAUCAGUCGUAUAAAUUGACGUAUUGUAUAUUAUCGUUAUCGUGUAAAAAACCAUAAUCAAACGACAGUCAACAAUACGACGACGAAAACGAUGGCAUACCUAUUUUACGCCUCUCAUGCAUAGAUUAUAAGCGAUUUUUUUAUUUUCAGGACGCCGCGCCAAAACUUUUACCGUAGUAUCGGCUUUUCGCGCGCGCGUCACUCGUACGUCGGUGCAUUAUAAUGAUAGUUAUUUAAUACGGAACGCUGUUGGCUAUUGUACGCCCUCCUCGUCGAUUUACCUAUCUCACGAUUAUUAUUAAACAAUUAUUUGAAUCCAGGACGCGAUCGUCGAAAAUCAAAAAGGCAGUUCUGCGUCCUGUGCAAUGCCGCCCGUUACACAAUUUAUUCGCACGUAAAUUAUUACUGUACACCACUUUCCGGCUUCUGCUAAAUAAGACAAAACAUUACAAACAACAAUAGUUUAUUCAUUAUUGUAUUUUUCCACCGUAUACGGAGAGUAAUACUAUUAUUACCUACCGAUCGUUGCGAUAGUUCACGUCGUUUACGACCGUUGUGCCAGUGCGUAUGCUUUUGACAUUAUCGCGUACAUUGUUACACCCAUUGUGUGCACCUGAGUACUUGACCAGCACUUCAGCGACCUACGGGUUACAGCAGCCUGCUAUAUACACGGAAUCCGGAUAUAAUAAUAACUUUUAAUAUUGUUAUCUACUAACGGAAAUCGGUCGGUCCGGUUGAGCAUCCACGGCAUAAAGGAUGCGUUUACGCGAUCACGGAUUCGCACUGAUCGCUGCAGAUCCACGCGUUGUGGUCGACGAGGUGUCGACAAACAAGAUGAUGUCAACGAUGGUUGCUCGCAAACUGUUUUUAGGCAAACGGGAGAAACAACAGCAGUCCAUUAAAAGUGAGAAGGUUUCCGAAGACAAUGCCAACGUAAAAAUGGAUUCUGGAUUCUUGUCUGGUGCCAAUUUGUCUUGUGAUAAUAUGUUAUCCAAAGAAAAUAUUGAAUACGACAUCAAGAACGAAGAGUCUUUCGACUUUAAGCAACAGAAGGAAACAACCAAAAUUGCCUUGGACAGUGGCUUGGAUAUCUGUGAAUCGGGCUGUUUGAGUGAAUUGGAUAUUGAUCAGAAAGAAACCUGCAAGCCCUGUUCCAAAAAUGAAUGGCAAUUUUAUUUUCAACAAAAUGAAGAUGGUGACACACAACUUCAUCUUGCUAUUCUCCAUGGAUAUAUUCAAGUAUCAAAACGAUUAAUUGAUAUUUGUCCAGAUUCCAAACUUUUAGAUAUACGGAAUGAUGAUGGCCAAAGUGCUCUUCAUUUGGCUGUUAUGACAAAUCAAUGUGAAAUUGUGAAAUACCUGAUGAUGGCUAAUGCCAAUGCAGAAAUAUUAGAUUGUAACGGAAAUACAGCUGUUCAUUUGGCAUGUUAUGAUGGAAAACUAGAUUGCCUGAGAAUAUUAGCUAGUUACGUAUUACUGCCGAAAAUAUUUGACACUAUCAAUUAUGAUGGUUUGGCGUGUAUCCAUAUUGCAACAAUUGCCAACCAUCUAAAUCUACUUAGAUUUAUUGUUAAUAGUUCAAAAAAUGUGAAUAUCACAGAUUAUAAAAGUGGAUACACGGCAUUACACUUUGCUGUAGCUCUAAAUAGAGCUAAUCUAAUUGAAUGUUUACUAGACAAAGUCGAUCCAACCAUUGAGAGUUAUGCUGGAAAAUUAGCAUUUGAAAUUGAAGAUGAAUAUGACGAAGACGAAGAAGAUGAUGAAAUUUCUGAUGAUCUUAUGAAAUCGAUGAAUGCACUUCAGUUACCUAAUAACAGUUCAAUCAAGUGUUGAAGAAUUUACAUACCAAUAAUGUUUUAUUUUUUCCUAUAUUAGCAUUCAGCCUAAAACCACCUGAUAAUAAUUUCAUUAUUAUUUUUUAAAUUAAGAUUUAUUUAAAUUAGUACAUUAAUAGUUAAAUGUGUUUGAAAAAUGUUUAUUUUGUAAUUAUUAAAUUAUUAUUGAUUUCCCCCCUCCCCGUUUUUAUGUAAUAAUAUUAUUGGAAUGUAUUUGAUAUGCAAGUUAACUUUUUUUUAUAUUGUUGGAAAAGUCCAAUGAAUGUUAUGUGAAUGGAAUAUUUUUGUAAGUGACUGGUGAUUUUUUAAUAAAUGUGUCUAUAUGUUAAAUAUA